GUCUCGUGGUAUCCAGUAUUUCCAGUGGAGGGUCGCAGUGACUGGUCGAGCGCCGAGAUAUAAGGAGGAUUGCGGAUUGCAAUUCCUGACAUUUCGUAUACGGUGUGCUUUACCAUGCGGAUUGUUCAACGGAUUCCAACAUUACUAAUAAUUGUUUACGUGUGCAUUGGUUCUGUCUAUACACAAACAGAUGAUUGCGGACCACAGACACAGACAUUUCAAUGUAGCAAUGGAGAAUGUAUAGCCAGCGCGUUAUUAUGCGAUGGCAAAACGGACUGCAGGGAUUUAUCCGACGAGACAGAGGCCGCAUGUAAAGGGCCACACAUUUUCUGUCAUAACAACGCCUUUCGUUGUAAUUAUGGUGCCUGUAUAGACAGAGACUUGAUGUGUAACGGCGUUUCCAACUGCGCCGACAACAGUGACGAAACGCAGCCCCAGUGCUUAAGAAAUACAACGAAAAGAUGUAUACCGAAUGAGUUUCAGUGUGACAACGGCCAGUGCAUUUCUAGCGACAAUGUGUGUGACGGAACUCGAAAUUGUGCGGAUGGUUCUGACGAAACAUCUAAGAUAUGCCAAUCGUUAAAUUGUCCUUCGACAGCUUUUCGUUGUGCUUAUGGAGCUUGUAUCGAUGGUGAUCUACGAUGUAACAGAGUAGACGACUGCGCCGAUGGUUCAGACGAGGACCAGAGAUUAUGUAGGACUGGAUGGCCGGUAGUUUUACCGUCGGUGCGACCAACAACGGGAACUACACGAUCGCCACCGACUCCUGCACCAACACGUCCUUCUGGAACACCUUCUGGCACAAACACUUGCAAAGCACCUCCGCAACCGCAAAACGGUCGCUGGAAGUUACAUCGAUCGCAGUGCCCAGAUAGACAGGACUGUAACGUUCCAGAAGGAACGGAACUGGGAUUAGGAUCUUAUCUCGUCUACUCUUGUGAUUCGGGAUAUAAAAUAAGAGGUUCGCCCGACGUUAGCUGCAGUAUCGGGGGAAAAUGGCUUAAUAUACCAAUUUGCAAAGCAAUACUCUGCAAAGCUUUAGCCGCACCAUCAAUCAAAUCUGAAUGUCGGUACGACGAUGAAUGGAUAUCAUGCAAAUCUCCAGUUCCACCAAGAACAAGAGCAACAUUGUCAUGUGCAAACAGUUAUCGACCUGAAACUAAUCAACAUCUACUGUCCGGACAAGGAACGAACGUGAGAUGUAAAGCGAAUGGUGAAUGGGAACCAGAACCUAUGCGAUGUGUUCCAGUAUGCGGCACUCUACCUCUCAAUUAUCAACCGACCGUUGUAGGCGGUGUUAGACCGAAUAUCACGGAAUUUCCGUGGCACGCCUCGAUGUAUCGCGAUGAACCAGGCGAGCCAAAGAAAUACUUCUGUGGAGCGUCUAUCAUUCAAGAAAAUCUCUUGAUAACGGCAGCUCAUUGUGUAUACGACGAGAACAAUAGGCAACCGAUUGAUGCCAACAAAAUUUAUAUAUUAUCGGGAAACCUUUUUCGCGAUUACAAUAAUCCCUUUCACGAUCCAAAUCUCGUUAAAAGAAAUCAGGUGAAACGUAUUUACAUCGCACGAGAUUAUCUAGGAUACAUAGGAAAUUACCUGUGGGAUAUCGCGGUAUUAGAACUCGUCACACCAUUUGUAUUGUCAUCCUAUUUAGUUCCUGCGUGCAUAGAUACUUUAAGCUUUGGGAGUGUAUUGGAACCGGGUACUUAUGGAAAGGUAGCGGGAUUUGGUAGAACCGCAACUGGUGAAUCCAGCGCAGUUUUACAGGCUCUGACAGUGCCCGUAAUCUCAGUCAGCCAGUGCAGGUCCGCGAGCCAAAGUGUUAAUACGGAACAAUAUAUCACCAACGAUAAGUUUUGCGCAGGCUACACAAAUGGUUCUUCCGUUUGUGAUGGUGACAGUGGCGGCGGAUUAGUCUUUAAAACCAAUGAUUUGUGGUAUCUCCGAGGUAUCGUUAGCGUUUCUCUCGGCACGAUAAAAGAGGGUGGAAGUUUUCAUUGUAACUACAACUUGUAUUCCUUAUAUACAGAACUCUCCAGGCAUAUUUCAUGGAUACAAGAUGUAAUUAUCAAAAUAGAACAAAAUCAGACGCAUAUAUUAUGCACAGAACAAUCUUCAAUAAGAUGUUCCUAAAUUUAUUGAUAGAAGUACCGAUUAUUAUGUGCAAUCACCGAAAAAAAGCAUUUACCUUGUGUGCGCCAUGUAUAGUCUACAUUAUACUUGAUAAUUAUCUCUAUUUUUUUUAUUGAAUGCGUAAUUAUGUGAAGUUGCAACUCUGUUGAACAAUUAAAGACUUGAGAGAUAAUUUCUUGUACGUAUGUGAUAAAUGAAAUUAAUUUCACAAUUCUAGCUGUGCUUGUUAUUUUAUGGGUUUUAGAAAUUCUUAUUACUUUAAUACAUAAAUGUAGGUAGAAGACGGAAAAAAUGGAUGAACAGAUAAUAGAAAUUUAAAUCCCAUACAUAUUUUAAUUAAUUUUAUAUAUGCCAAGUUGUACAAAACAGAAUAAA